AUGCCGUCCCCAGAAAAGGACGCCUCCCGUGACCGGGAAUUGGUCCGGCAUUCAAUGACAUACUCGGAGCCUAAAGUUCCAAUGUGGGACAGUUCGGAUCCCGAGCGUGCGCCUCCGCCGCUACCAAUGAAUCCUCGUUCGAUGAGCCCAAUGAGCCCUGCUACGAGAUCCAAUGUUUCUCCCAAUAUUCAAGCAGUGGCCGCAAAAUUUACAGAGAAACCCAGCGAACAUGCACCCAGCUCUUACACAACAAAUCCCAUGCCACUCAAGUCUUCCCCAGAGAGGUCGUUGGUCAAAGGACAGCACCACAAGCGCAUGCAGUCACUACAGCCUGAAGAUACCCGACAAGAUGCGCGCACCGACUUUAUGAAUUACCUUGAGAACAAAUCUCCAGAGCGCCCUCUUCGUGCGACGAUUAUUGAGGCGGCCAAGCCGCGCGAUCCUACCAAGUCUAUCAGUUCGCCAGCCCUCCGUCAAGACGCGGACCGGGACAUGAAUUACUCCCUAUCGAGUCGGUAUUUAUCGAAGCCGAUAUUGGGAGAGAGUACUCCACCGUCGGCUACAAUGUUAGCCCUGCAAAACAUGCAGCUACCUUUAGAACCCGACCCUCCAUCACCUUCCAAACCGCCAAAGUUGAUCGCUGGGCCGUUGGAGCCGCAGCCUCAUCCAGCGAAGAAUACGAGCAUGGAUUCCCUGUCGAAUCAACUCCACAGCCUUACGGAUAUUGCAAGCAGCUUGCAGCGUGAGAUGAUGAAUCUGAGCCGACGCAGCAAAGACAAUGCCACCGACCUGGUUAGCCUCAAGGCGGCAACCAACGCACGCGAUGAAGAUAUCCGCAAGAGUCUUAAGGACCUGUCUUCUCAUCUUACGAACAAGUACCUGGACGCUGAUGCUACAAGGUUUGAUUUCAGCAAUCUUUUCAAGGGUGGUGAUGGGCCUAACCCCAAGGAUCCCGAUAGUCCCGUGUCGAAGAGGAGCUACUCCGUGCCUCGGAUGCCCAGCCCGAAUCCAUUCGCAUUUGAUCGGGACUCUUGCGUCUCACCUUCCCCGAUUUCCGACGGCUCCGCAGCCCUGGCUUUGCUCGAAAAGGUAUUGCGUGAGAUGGCAACUAAGGAAGGUGAGGAAAGGCUCUUGGAGCUCGUUGAAGAAAUCAAGUCUCGACCCGCAGGUACCGCUUCAGACAAGGAUGCCGAUAAUAAGGUCACUGCCAUGCUCGAGGAGAUUCUCAACCUGGUCAAAGAGGAUCCUUCGAGCAAAGCCCUCGUCCGAUCUUACGGCGUGGCCGCCAAUCUCGAUAAUAUUCAAUCCGAAAAUGUCUCCCCCGAGCCGACACGAUCUAGGUCAAUGGGACCCGUGGAUCCUGAAACUGAACGUGCACUAGACCUUUCCAACUCCGACAAGGGAGAUGUUUCUUCGCCCAAUUCCGAUGAAGUUUUGGCAAUUCUUAGAAGUGUCAAAAAUAGCGUUGUCGAGGGAGGUGGAAUGACCAACGGUGUGAAGUCGCUGGUACGCGAACUACGAGGUGAGGUGCUGGGCAUGGGUCGAGAACUCGGGCGGCGAUUAGACGAGAUCGAGACUUCCCGUGCCAAUGACCAGCCUGAGGAUCAGCCCAGAGCUGCCGGCCCAGAAGAAAUUUCUGCCAUCGUCAAUCGCAGUCUGGACGACCUCAAAGAGCAGCUGGCUGCAACUAUCAACGAGAGUCGGCAGCAAUCGUCCGACUUGUCCGAGUUCCGAUCAACUAUGAACAGUGCCGCCAUCUACUCUGUUGUUAAAAAGGCUCUCGAUGAGUUUGAACUUCCUCAACCUCAAGCCGUCUCGCGAGGUGCUGAAAUGGACAGAGAAGAUAUUCUCGAAACUGUCCGUGAAGCCUGGGAGACUUACAAGCCCGAAAUCGAGUUCAACAACUUUGGCUUGGAACGAGACGAAAUCCUCACAUGUCUUGAGGAAGGUCUCAAGUCUUACCAGCCUCAGCAUGAACAGGCAGUCACCUAUGACCAGGUCCUCGCAGCCGUCGAGGACGGCAUGCAGAAGUUUAUUCCUCCACAGAUAGAGCACCCGCCAAGCAUAUCUCGAGAUGAGAUAAUCUUGACCAUCCGCGAAUGCUUGGAGAAGCAGCCCGAGCCUGCCUCCAGAUCCCUUGAUGAGGAACACGUCGGCCAUCUUCACUCAAUGCGCGAUGAGAUUCUCGAUGCUGUUUCUAAAGCCAUGGCCAGUCAUACCGAAGGUUCGAGGUCCCUGGACGAGGAACAUGUCAAUCACCUCUAUUCGAUCCGCGAUGAAAUUCUCGAUGCAGUCACUGGGACGAUGGCAGCCAACAAUACGCAGCCCAAGGCUUUGGACGAGGAUCACGUCAAUCGGCUCUACUCUAUUCGCGAUGAGAUCAUUGAAGCCGUCACCGGGGCAGUGGCAAGUCAUGCAGCAGGCUCCAAAUCUGUGGACGAAGACCAUGCCAGUCAUCUGACUUCCCUCCGCGACGAAAUCCUCCAAGCUGUUGCUGGAGCGAUGGCAGUGAACAAUACGCAGCCCAAGACUUUGGAUGAGGACCACGUCAAUCACCUCUAUUCUGUCCGUGAUGAGAUCAUUGAAGCUGUCACUGGAGCAAUGGCAAACCACAGCACCUCCAGGUCUAUGGAUGAAGAUAACGUCGGCCAACUUAAUUCUAUCCGGGACGAGAUCCUCGGUGCAUUGGCCGGGUCCAUGGCACAAAGCACACUGAGCAAGGAUUCAUACGACUCUGGUCUUGGCCGUGAUGAAAUUGUCAGUGCUGUCUCCGAUGGCCUUGAAGCCCAUUUCACUGCAGCCAAAGAGAUGGAUGAGCCGCGCAUUUCUCGCCAUGAUGUUAUGAAUGCUGUCAACGAAGCCUUUAACGCUCAACAAUCAGCUGUUACUGUUGCCCACACGAACAUUUCUCGCGAUGAAAUUUUGAAUGCCAUUGCCGAGGGCAUUGAAAAUUCAAUGAAUGCCCAGCAAUCGGCUCUGAGUACCAACGUCCAGCAGACCGUCUCUCGCGAUGAGAUUUUCAGUGCUAUCGUGGAUGCCAUCGAGCACUCGCGGUCCUCCCUCGGCAAUAAUGGGGAGCCUAGUAUUUCUCGAGAUGAGAUCCUUGGUGCUAUUUUGGAGGGCAUGCAACACCCAUCAAACCACCAAGAACCGAAUAUCUCUAGAGACGAGAUAUUGAACGCUAUUGCUGACGGCAUUGAGAACUCUAACAACUCUUCUUCACGUGCUCUCACGUCGCCUGAGCAAGAGGUUGAGAAUCAGCAGUCCACACUAUCCCGGGAAGAAAUAUUCAAUGCAAUUGUCGAGGGUAUUGAGCACUCCCAUGCUUCGCUUGGCAUAAAUGGCCAGCCUAGUGUUUCUAAGGAGGAGAUCAUGACUGCUAUCGUCGAUGGUAUUGAAGCAUCGACAAGCAGCCAACAGUCAGCCCUCAGUACCAACGUCCAAGAGCCGUCCAUCUCACGGGAGGAGAUUUUGUCUGCCAUUGCAGAAGGCAUUCAAAACGGCAACUCGAUCACCCGGGAGAUUGAGCUGAACCAGGACGACCUCAUGGAGGCAAUCACCUCUGGUCUCAACGUGGCACUCAGUACAGCGAAUACCAAUGUUGGUGGGGAGAUGACCGACCGCCUCCAGACUUUAUUCGAAGGUAUGAAGGAGGAAUUUAAGCAGUACUCGGCCGCCGGCGGAAGAGACACUGAGCAGGUCCUCGAUGCAAUCAAGGAUGGCCUUGAUGUAGUUCGCAAGGAGAUCGAAACUUACGUGGUUACCGCUGCCGAUCUUUCCGGCAAGGACGAAGUAAUUGACACGGUCAAAGAAGGCUUCCGACUCCUUCAAGCUGAUAUGGAGAAGACCAUUACGGAUACGUCUCUUCUGAAUGCAUCGCGAGGCAUUCCUGAUACACCCGAGCUUCUGGAUGCCAUGGAAAAAGAGUUCGAGCACUUACGGGGGACAAUCACCACCCUUCUUCUCCGCAAUAAUGCAACCGAAGACAAAGAUGAGAUCUUGGAUGCCAUUCGAGAGGUUGCCGAUCGCAACAAAAAUGACUCCGGCGAUGAUGUUGUCAAGACCAUUAAGCAGGAACUCGAGACUCUCCGUGAGCGCAUGGAGAUGAGUAUGGUUCGUGCUGAGCCUGGCGCUGAGAAAGACGAAAUCAUAUCCGCACUCCGUGAGCAUUUCGACAACCUACGUGAGCAGACCUCUCUCAAAGAUGACAACGAAAAUGAUAUUGUCAAUACCAUCAAGCAGGAAUUCGAGAGCCUUCGAGAGCGCAUGGAGAUGAGUGUGGUUCGUGCUGAGCCUGGGGCUGAGAAAGACGAAAUCAUAUCCGCACUCCGUGAGCAUUUCGACAUCCUGCGUGAUGAGACCUCGCGUAGAGAUGGCAACGAGACCACGUUAUCCGCGACAAGUGAGCUUCUCGAUGCAUUUACAGACGGUGUUGGCUCGAUUCGUGACGACCUGAAGAAACUACUGGAGAGGCCAACUGAGUUUGACAACUCCGAUAUUGUUAAUACCAUAAAAGAUGGGCUUGCGGACCUGAAGCUCGAAAUGGAUUCUCUCCGUGGAUCUAACAAAGAGCUGGAUGAUUCCAGCACCGUCCGCGGCGGUGAACUCAUGCUGGCAAACGAGCCCAGCAUCACGCCUGACAUCGACGGUCUGAAAGCGCUUAUUACUCAGCUUCAUGACAAGGUUGAGGCCAUUGAAACUACCCCUCGUGCCGCAGAGCCUGCUGAGGAUGCCCUCAAGCGCUCGCACCUUGAUGAGGUCCUUCUUGCGCUUCACGAAGUUCAGCUCGCCAUGGGUGAGAUGAGUACUCAACAAAGUACCGAGAAUGGCGACCCCGCUGGAAAGCAAGACAUUGAGAUUCUCGAGCAGUUACUCUUGAGUACUAAGACGCAGAUCGAUGAGCUUGUCUUCCCUUCACCCGAUCAGGUCGCUACCCCCGAGCAUAUUGGAACUCUCGAGGCCAUGAUCCGAGAGGCCAAGGACUCGAUUGCCGAGUUUUCUAGUCGCGUCGAAGCCGAGGCUCCCACGAAGUCUGAGAUCGGCACUUUGGAGGGUCUCAUCAAAGAUGUUUGGGUUGUCCUAGAUGAGAUGAAGAGCAAAACCAAGGACGGCGAGGAAGACGAAUCGGAGAAAUUGCUCAAAUCUGAUCUCCAAACGGUGGAAGCCAUGAUCUUCGAAGUCAAGACUCAAGUCGAUGAGCUUAAGCUUCCUGAUGUGGAUACUCUCCCCACCAAGACAGACAUUCAGGAGCUGUCAACACUUGUCUGCGAUUUCCGAGAGAAGAUGGAGGCUAGUAACGAAUUGACCGCCCAAGGGUUUGAUGCCCGCAAGGUUGAGCACGGUGGUCUUGCCGAGAAAAUCGACGAAGCCAAGUUUGUCGUUGGCGAGCUCGGGGACGAACUCAAGAGCAAGCUUGACGGCAGCACCGAAGGUCUGACUGAGCUUAAACAGCUUCUCGAAGGACUCGCAAUCACCGCGGAGAGCUUCACCACCGUCGAAAAUAUAAAGGAGCUCACCGACCUUAUCAACCGCGAGUUCGAACGUUCUCGGGGCGAGGAAGAUGCAGUCAAGGCCGAAAAGGAGGAGCGGGAUGCGGCUACAAUGGUCAAGCACGAUGAGACACGGGCCGCCAUAAUCGUGGAGCUUGGCACAAAGAUCGACGAGAAGAUUUCCGAAGUCCUGGCUAAGUAUGAAGAUGCGAACGCAUCUCUCCACUCGAAGUUCUCAGAAACCGAAGAAAGAGAUCUGGCACACACUGAAUCUUUGACAAGUACAAGAAGUCUUGCUGAGGACAUCAAGCUUGUCAUUGGUGCUAUGGGCGAUAGUGUUAACGAGACCUGUGAGCGGUUAAGCGUGGACACGAAAGCUCUCAUGGAACAAGUCGAUCAGUCCCGCCAGCAAAUGGAGACCAUGCACAACGAUGUGAGAUCGCACCAAGAGCAAUCUCAAGCCGAAAAUGAAAGGGCCGCAGCUGCCACUGAUCGAGUGGAGAGCAAGCUCCUUGAAUUCCAUCCUCGUAUUCUGGAAUCUGUGCAGGAGAUAUUGACCAUUGUCAGCCAGCACUACGAUCACUCCCAAAAGUCAGCAGAGGACUUCAAGUCGGAACUGUCAGCACUACCUUCAAAUAUCCCAGCAAUGCUACCUGCGCUGCCUCCACCAGAAUCAGACCGUACACUCGCGAUAGAGGACACUCCGCUGCACAGCAAAAUCGACGACAUUUUGGAGCAUACCAAGAACAACAAGGUCCAUGAGGUUUUGACCACUCUGCUUGAUCACUCAAAGAAUGACCAACUCCACGAGAAACUUGAUCGUGCUCUGAAUCAAGCGUCAGGUUCGAAUGACCAAAUAUAUGAGAAGCUCAAUGAGCUGCUGGAUCACGCCACCAAUGGGACUGGUCCCGUUCAUGAGAAAUUGGACGCAUUGCUCAGCCGUCUUAAUCCGCCGGAACCCGAUCAUUCUGUUACCCAGAUGACGAAGUUGGAUGAGAUGCACAGGGACAUCAUGGAAAACUCCCGCAGAAUGAAUGAAAUGUUCGCUGCCCAGUCAGCUCUGAUCGCUGAAGACACCGAGCGAAAGCGACGCGAAGCUGAGGAAGCUGCGAUCGCCCUUGAACGAAGAGUCUCACAGCGUGAACAAGUCGAAGCGGAGCUUGUUGGCUUGCAUGAAGAAAAGGAUUCUAUGCUGAACAUGAUCCAUCGCCUAAAAGCAGAGAAGGAAGACAUGAUCAAACAAAACAACAAGCUCAGCAAGGAUCUGUCCGGUCUUGAAACAGCUCUGGAGAUACGCCACGAAGAGAUGCGGCAGAUGGAGGACCGCGCGGAUGGCCUUGAGAAACGUAUUCUGGAGGGUGUGCUUGACCAUGCUCGUACCGUGCUCCUAGGCCGAUCCAACAGCGUGCAGGCCAUGAACCUGAAGAGGAACCGCAGCACUCGGAGUACCCGUUCCUCACGCACAGGCGCCCGCAGUCCCAGUGUGGCGAGCACUGCCAGCACCGCCAAAGAGCCCAAGGAUAGUCGCAGUCUGCUUGGGAAUGGGGUUGGGAUGGCUCUGAAAAGAAUGCCGACCUCGCUUCAUGCUGGCACAGGUGCUGUGCAGCCCAACAUCGGAAAAGAACGCCGAAUUCUUAGCUUAAGUCACGUCACAGGCAACCGCGGUGUUGACCGGCAGGCGAGUGUUAAAUCCGGCAUCACGAACUUGAAGCGCAGCCACUCUGUGAAAUCAAACUCUCCUCGAAAGUCUUCUUGGGCUGGCCCAACUUCUGUUGCCGAUAAAGAGAAUGUGCCAUUCCACGAAGAGGACGAGAUUGCCAGCGAAGCGGAAGAUGCUGUUCCGCAGCGCAAGGCCAGUUACGCGGAAAGUAACGCACCUACCGACCGUAAGACGAGCUACGCAGAAUCCGACCUGGCAACUGAAACCGAACACAACUAUGCCCCGAGCAACCCUGGCACUGACCGGAGGACAAGCUACGCGGCAAGCGAUGCAGGCACGGAGCGCAAGACAAGUUACUCUGGCAGCAUCGUUGACAGCGUGGUUACAGAUGCCGCGGGUCAACGCCGUGUAAGCGGAGUGAGCUCCACAAAUUCAUACAGCGUGGCGGAGAGCUCAAUCGCUGAGCACGACCACGAGGACCGCCAUGAUGAUAUUUCUAUCGACGGUUCCGAGUCAGAAGACGAUGCACAGACAACACGAGAGGAUGCAGAGCAUUCUGGACAUGAGGACCAGAAUGAGGAUCACGAAAUGUCCCGCCAGAUUCGAGAGGCCAAUGAGGCUGCGGAAGCUGAAGUUAUGAAGCUGUUGGCUCCCUCUAGCGACAGCGGACUUGGCACUGAUGUUGCGGUUUGA